UUGACAAAUAACAGAACAAUUGUCAAAACAUCAAACUUUCAAAAAAUUUAGAUGGUUAUGUUAUGAAAUGGCUUUAACUAAUCAUUUGGGAAUUUAACUGCUCUAUAGCCGGGAGACAAAAAUCAUUCGAAAACACAUUUCAAAUUCCCGUUCAAUCUCGAGCUAUGGAGUACAUAGCCGAAUCCAUUGCUCUCGGGAUAGAUUCCCUAAUCCUCGCAGCUUGCAUUAAACAGUAUUACAAAAACAAAAAUGCUAUGGCGAUGAUACAGGGUGCUCCCUACUUGGAAAUUGGCAAGGAACUGAAAGACAUAGUCGGCACUCACCCCGACGGAAAGUUGUCUUAUGUUUCGGUGAGGGGAAUAGUAAAACCGCUAGGGAACCCCAUAAUAAGCAACAGCAAUCCGAAUGUUACCGGUGUAGUCCAGCUCUUGAGGAUAAAGGAGCAUGUGAUUCAGAGAAGCACGACGGGCUUUUGGGCGGAUUCGGAAAGGGUUAUUCAGGAGGUUCACAAUGUUAUGCCCUUCGCCCUGGAAGUCAAGGGAAUACAGAUUGAAAUUUGCGAGCCGCUUGCUGCGGAUGUCUUAGAUAUGGAUGUUAUCUCUGACAACUUCCACCCCACGGUGCCAAGCGUCGUUGACCACAUUUGGAGCUUUUUUGCCGGUAUUCGUCAACGGGGGGUACAGUCCACAGAGAAAAUGCUCCGGAAUGGAGUGACGAUAACUGGUAUAGGAGAACUAGUUCUGGGAAAAGAUAGAACCCUAAAACUCCAGCCUCCGUCAAACGGUGCCCCCUUUUAUCUAACAAACAUGCAAGUUACGUCUCUGAUUAAAAAACUGGAAGGCUCUAAGAAAAACUACAGGCUCCUGUGUAUAAUAUUUGGAGCAAUCGGUGUCGUCGUGGGGGGAUUAAUUCUGAGAAAAUAUUGGAAAAUCAAGGCAGAAAAGAAAGAAGCCGCUGAUCGAAAAUUAUUGUUGGAGGAAUCAAGGAGAGAGAGGAGAAGGAGAUUGAGGGACGAGGAUUUGAGUGAUAAUCAGAUCUGCGUGGUGUGCAAGACCAAUCCUAAAGAGAUCAUUCUGUUACCGUGUGGCCAUGUAUGUCUAUGCGAAGACUGCUCUGUGGAUAUUUCAGAUCAGUGCCCCGUAUGCCGAGCCAACAUCGAGACAAAAAACGUAGCGUAUGUGAUUUGACUUUUCAAUCAAAAGCAUUGAACGUUCAACAGCUCAUUUAUUUUGUAAAUAGUAUAAAAAUGUAUAUAAAUUAUAUUGUUAACUCCUCUAAAGACUUAACAUUUGUUUGUGAAGGUUCCAUACAUUGUGCGCAAGAA